UGGAGCUCGACGAUAUCAACAUUGCGCCGAGCGGCCGAGAGCUCGCCGGCUCUACAUUUGGAGUCCGAGGGAUUGUGGGAAGCGAACGAAACCAGCGCGUAUCAACGGACAGCGGGCGGAUAAGCUCAGACAAGGGAUCGAUGGCCACAAUGCCGCAUCACUUAUCAAAAGAGCAUGUCCACAGAUCGAGCUUCUGAAAAUGGAUGUCGACUUUGGCACUUGGUUGCAUGUAGCAUUGCAUAUACCCACAGCAACAUCAGCACACGAUGUCCGGCACUAGCAAGCAGAAGGAGCCUUUCUGGCUCGGAGGUGCUGCAGCCUCCAUGGCAGUCUGUUUCACACAUCCUUUGGACCAAACGAAAUAUCGCAUGCAGGUUCUCAAGUCAAGAGAGUCUAUGUUUCGAGCAAUGUACCGUUUCGCAGCCAGAGAUGGCUUCUUUUCAUUAUGGUCUGGGCUGUCAGCAUCCAUCUUCCGACAAACCACAUAUUCCACCGCCCGGUUCGGUCUCUAUAACUACUUUGCGCAACAGGCUAAGCAAUGGACGGGCCAAGAGAAGUUGACUACGGCAAUGACGAUAUCGUGUGCUGGGUUGGCCGGAGGCAUAGCGGGGCUUGUUGGAAAUCCUGCUGAGGUUGUUCUCGUCCGCAUGUGCGCUGAUGGAGCGAAGAGUGUUGGUGAACGAUUUGCAUAUUCAAAUGCGGUCGAGGGCCUCUACAGGAUAGGUCGCGAGGAGGGCGUUGGGGCAUUCACCCGAGGCAUAUCUGCCAACGUGGUGCGCAGUAUACUCAUGAACGUGGGACAAAUCGCCACAUACUCGACAACGAAACGCAUCCUCCUGCAAAAGACUGAAAUGAAGGAUGAUAUCAAAACACAUGCCGUAGCAUCUCUCUUUGCUGGGACUGCGGCGACAACGAUUUGCGCGCCAGCUGAUGUCCUCAAGAGCAGAAUUCAAAGUGCGGCUGCGAGCGGCCCAGGAGCAAACUCUUUACUUCGUAUUGUGCAAGCGGGUCUGAGGGAAGAAGGUGCAAUCUUCUUGAUGAAAGGAUGGACUCCGGCGUGGCUGAGAUUGACGCCAAAUACUGUCCUGACCUUUGUGUUUAUGGAACAGCUGCGAAAACUGACGCAAUGGCAGUUCGCCGCCCCGGUUGAAACUAUGAAGGCAUGA